AAUGGCUGCCGCCAGUUUGGCCAUUCUUUGCAGCAAGCUCUCCACUUCUCUGAAGAUUUCUAGGUCGUUAGUAAGCCUUCAGGUCCCCGGUGGCACAGGUUGCAGGUUUUCUCUUAGUUUGUUACCUAAGAACACGACUGAUAUUCCAUCUUUUAACCAGUGUAGAUUACUUCAUACCACAUUGUCAAGGAAAGGACUAGAAGAAUUUUUUGAUGACCCAAAGAACUGGGGGCAAGAAAAAGUGAAAUCUGGAGCUUCAUGGACCUGUCAGCAAUUGAGGAACAAGAGCAAUGAAGAUUUACAUAAACUUUGGUAUGUGCUACUGAAAGAAAGGAACAUGCUCCUAACUCUAGAGCAGGAGGCCAAGAGGCAGAGUUUGCCAAUGCCAAGUCCGGAGAGGUUGGAAAAGGUAAUAGAUUCCAUGGAUGCAUUAGAUAAAGUUGUUCAGGAAAGAGAAGAUGCUAUAAGACUUCUUCAGACUGGUCAAGAAAAAGCUAGACCUGGUGCUUGGAGAAGAGACAUCUUUGGAAGAAUCAUAUGGCACAAGUUCAAACAGUGGCCUAUACCGUGGUACCUAAACAAAAGAUACAAGAGGAAACGAUUUUUUGCGAUGCCCUAUGUAGACCACUUUGUCAGAUUGAAACUUGAGAAACAAAUGCGCAUCAAAACCAGGAAGAAAAGUUUAGAGAAAAAGAAAGAAAAAUUUCUUCAGGAAAAGUUUCCACAUCUUUCUCAAACUCAGAAGACAAGUCUUGCUUAAGAUGUCUAAGCUCUUCAUUGACCAUUUUUGGUUUUGAUUUAUAAAAGUAAAUAUAUAUUAAAUG